AUGAGUGAUUUACGAAACACUGUGAUUAAUUCCCCGUCAGAUGGAUCUCCUAAAAAUCUACCUGAUAGUAAAACAAGUGGAUUUAUUAAUGAAAUUAAAGAAAUAGUAAACGCGGGUCUUGAAAGUCAACCAACUCCGAAUACAUUGGAAAAGCAUAAUAUUUAUUUUACACAAAAUUUAAAAAGAUAUUCAGCUAUUUCAUCUACAUUAUAUAAUGAUGAUGAAAAUUUAAAUAGAAAUUAUGAUGCAUUCAAUGAGUGUAAAGCAGCUGCUAUGGAACGUUUAUUAUUUGCUCAUGAAGAUAUUAAACAAACUAAACGUCUUGAAGAUAUUUAUUGGAAUAAGCCAAGACAAUCGUCUAUUCUACCGGAAUUUUUAAAAUAUCAAACAUUAGGUGGUCGUUCUGCUGCUCUGUAUGCAUUUCGAUUGAAUAAAACACGUCAAGAUAAUAGAGAGGCAUUGUUCACAGCACUUGCAUUAGUUGAUGGCCUUCAAUUUGAAGUUUAA